CUACAGUGAAGAAUGUUUUCGAGCUUUAAAUGAUUAUUUUCAGUGUGUUAAUGUUGGAAAGGAGGAUCUCCAGAUAGGAGUGGAUUUGAGUGACAAAGAAACGAUUAUUAAAGAUGGAUGUUCUUGGUUAACUAAACUAGCGGAUUGCAGUAUACCUGUUGACUGCGUGAGCUCCCAAGAGCAACUGGAAGAACUGGUUUCUGUGCGGACCACGUGGUUAGAUUUGUUCCGAGGUGUACCGGGUUGGGAUUCCACCACAUGCCCUGCUGCCACCUCCCUUCGUGAAGGUCUGACUAGAAUCAAUGAAUCUGUUGAGUUUGAGGGCACCCCAGAACCAGGAACUGAAAAUGACUCUGGAGAAAUCGACUCAGACUCAGACGAGGACGACAAUUCAGACGAGUCUUAUUCGAAAUAAAGAUAGAGCUACUGGAUUUUCACAAAAAAUCUAGAAAUAUGAUAAUUAUACGUUGAAAUAAUUAUUAUGGAUUGAAUAACGUGUCCGUGUAUCCGAAAAAUUAACGAACACAAAAAUGCUAUCACACAAUUAACAUCUUAUUAACAUGAUCUUAUUAAUAAAAUAUCAUAUUUACUGAUUUGGGACACCCAGGCCUCAUUGAGCCCCCAGACAUAUUUAUAUGUUUUCUAAUGUUGACCAAGCACCACGGCAGUGCAAACAUCUCCGUUGUUAUAUCGGAGGUUUUUUUACAGUGUCUUUAGUGUAAAGGUAUGAGAUAAUCGUUUGAAUUCAAGCGUGAUAUCUUCAGCUCAGGCUCUCAAGUUUGAUUUGAAAUCGUGAUUUAGAAAACAAUAAGUUUAAAGGAUCAAAAAGACAAAAUAGACCCAAAGUUUUUACCGGAGAAAGGAGUGACGUCACAAGCUUGGCUUGAUCGCUCACAAAUCUGAUUCAUUCCUCCGGUAUAUACAGAGUUUACAAAACGCUCACAAUUUAUAUAAACAAACAGAAUAUAAUAAGUGAAGGAGAUUUUUUAAGGAUACAGAUAACUAUGACAUCUUUUAACUUCCAAGCGGCAUUCGGGGGACUCCAGAAUACUCUAGCGGUGUUCGCUGGGGCGUGUGAAACUGGUUUUAAAGAGAUAGGAACUGGUGUGAAUGCGGCUAACGAUAAAAUCGAAAAGCUCGAAAUUAUGAUUCAGGAUCUAACAUCCCUGGUCAAGAACCAACAAGAGAAGAUCACCAAGAAGGAGGAGAAGGAGGAAGGGGAAGCACUAAUGCUUGAGGUUAGUGGUCAAAUAAUGAUUAAGAGAAUCCCGUCCAGGAUGAAAGCUACAGCUCACGAAAAACUAAGAGUUGAUUCAGCAAAUCAAUUCGAAUGGUUAUCAACAACCCCUGAAGGAGAGCAUACGACCCUUUGGAUCAAGCAUGAUUCUAAAUCUAUGGUUAGAAAUGCUAUUAGAAUGAAGUUAAAUUGGGAAAGAGAACUACCCCCUAACUCUCGAGACAGAAAAAGUGUAUCCAGCAUCAUUAUUGAACAGGUUGCACCAAGAUCAUUCACACCACUCUUGAGUAAACUCCGAUCUAACCUGGUAAGCAUGAGAGAGGAAGGUAGAGCAUCAACUUCAUUUGUGCAAAAUAUUAGGUAUGAAGCCAGCUCUGGUACUCUGGCCUAUAUAUACCAAGAGAGGACUGUUAAGCCAACUAGAGCAACAGUCCUUGGUUACGUAGCCAAUCGUCCUUUGGAAGGACGAGAGUUUGAGAACGUUCCCUGGUAUGACACCAGGACAGGACAACUACAGGGAAGAUUUAAUGAGAGACCGGGCGCUGCAGCUGCAAAUGGUGCUAUAAGAAAAACUGCGCAAAGAAAACCAGACAACAAGCAUCCUCAGUUUGCAUCAGGUUCAAACAGACAGCCAAUUAUAGAAAGGGGAGGGAGGGACUCUCAGCAUACCUACCCUGAACCUCACAGAGAGCCAGCAACUCCGCAUAAUUACUAUAACAGUAACAGAAACCAACGAAAAAUUGACAACAUCAACACCAAGGGAAAAGUAACCUCUCGCCCAAUACCUAAGUUCCCAAUGCCAAAGCUGAAGCUCCAACCUAAGCAUGAAGACGACAUUAAUAAACCAAAUACUUGGAUCUCUACAUCAUACCUCCUCAUUCAAGAUGAAAUCACAGAAAUGAAUACAGCAGUAAUAUACGGAGAACAAGACGAACCUAACCCAGAAGUAAUUACACUCAGAAUGCAAAUUGACGUAUUACAACAGGAUAAGUGCCCCAUAAGCUUGAAGGAACCCACCAGAGAAAAUACCAAUAGUCUAAUUGAGAUCAUGAAGAGAGAAAUGAACGUCGAGCCAGAUUUGUCUCUUUAUCAUUGGAUGUCGGAGCUGCAUUCUCAUGAUCCUAGGAGAAGGAUACUUACUCUAGCUCUUAAUGAGAAAGACGACAUCUCUGCCCAACUGUACAAGCUAGGAUCGUCCAAAAGCUCAAUAGGAGCUAUCAACACCUUGCUCCACAGCAUCUGCAGGAGUCUACUCCAAUACCAAGCUACUCCCUCCAACUUUCUUCAGAUCAAAAUGGAAGCAGUAUGCAGGAUAGAAGAAAUCUUUAAUGCUAUAACAUUAAAGAUUAAUUCUGCUCUCAAAAAGAUUAAGGCUGAGGAGAGAGCAGCUGACCCAAUAGAUCUUGAUAUUGACGAGGAUAACUUCAAGUACAACAGGAUGCGCAAUUACUUUCUUGAAGUCGGAUGCACUGAUGGUCAGCUCUUGGAUCAGGUAGACACAAAACAUAGCGAGUUAACCACCAGAUAUGGAGUAAACUAUGCCGAUGCUACUUUGGGCGAGUACAUCAAUAUCUUCCCCUGGAAAUUUAUUAUCGGAAACGAGAUGCUCAACAAAGAUUACUAUGCCAUGAAGAAUGAACUCAAUUUCUUCCAUGAAGACGAUCCAGCCUCAAUUUCUGAAGAAGAGAUGGAUCAGGAUCAGAGCAUGAAUGCAAAACGUAAGAGAUCUCCAAACCCAGAAACCCCAACUAAACCUAAUAAACCAGCCAAAACAGCCUCUUCACUGGCAAUAGAAAACAGAAAACCAACUCCCAUCAAGCCUUUUCCAGCAGAGAUAUCUAGCCUGGAAAUCGACCAAACCAGUAGUGAAUAUGGCCUAAUAGAUGGAAUAUCGAAACUUCACGAUAUGACAGAGGAUGUGAACCUUGAUAGAGCAGAGAAUGAGGAUGACGGGAUAGCAGCUCCUCAAGAGCCUCAAGAUGUAGAGACAGAGCCGCUAAAUAAGGACAACACCACCUUAUCCAUGAAAGCAGCUUCUGCCCUCUACAAUAAAGUCACCGCUGCAAAAGAUAAGUUCAAACGUUGAAUUCAUAUUGAAGGAAGUAAAAACUUUUUGUGAAAAUGUUUCAAAAAUAUUGAGAAAAUAGUUUUGAUAAAAUGUGUGCAACUAUAUCUGUAAUGUUCCGAUUUUUUUUUCCAAAUUUCACUAAUUAUGUUUUUUAUGAGAAAAAAAGUAUUCGCUUUUUGCAUGCAUAAGUUCCUAAUUAAAAUUAUGCAACUUUUAAUGAUAUUUAAUCUUUUCCGAUUAAACAAAAAAUGAAAGAAAUAAAUCGUUGAA